GCUGGCAAAAUCGAUGAGGAUUCCCGUGCCGUGCCCAGUUUUGUAGAACUUCCACUUCAGUGCAAGUGAAGUGCAGCUGAAUAGUGUUCUGUGAUACAUCUAGUUUAAUAUUAAAUAAAAGAAAUCCAACAUGGGUGUACCAGCUGGUGAUGUCGAAAAGGGAAAGAAGAUUUUUAUCCAAAGAUGUGCUCAGUGUCAUACAGUGGAAGCCGGUGGAAAACAUAAAACAGGACCUAAUCUGAAUGGACUGAUCGGAAGGAAAACUGGCCAGGCUCCUGGAUUCAGUUACACUGACGCCAACAAAGCCAAAGGUAUUACGUGGAAUGAAGAUACCUUAUUCGAAUAUCUAGAAAACCCUAAAAAAUACAUCCCAGGAACAAAAAUGGUCUUUGCGGGCUUGAAAAAACCUCAAGAACGGGCAGACCUUAUUGCUUACUUAAAAGCGUCAACUAAGUGAACGGCAAAGCAAUAAACGUGUCUUUGUGUAAAUUAAAUGUUACGGUAUAUCAAUUAUUUAUUAGUUUUAUAAGCAUUCUCGAUAUAGUUUUAAUACAUGAGCGACAAAUGUUAUUAUAUAUCGUAAUUUUAAUUUAGCCAAAAACAAUGAUUUUCGUAGUAUUUUCAUCUAGUGUUGAAGUUGUUAUCACAUAACAAGCUGGUGAAAUACAUGUACAAACUAGCCAAUUUUUAAACGUAAAUUAUUUUCUUUAUCAAAAUGUAUCACCUCGUAACAUUGUACAAUAUGACCUAGACAAUUUUAUUUAUACGGUUGUGUCACGUUACCGGAUCAUAUACCAUAAUAAAUUAUUUAUGAAAAUUU